GGCGCGCGCACUCGCUCGGGUGGCUGCCGAGGAAGCCCAGCGCCGCGCCGCGUCCUCCCCCGCGUGUCCCCGUGUGCGCCCGUGGGUCGCCGCUCACCAUCGCCGUGCCAUGACCACCCAGCAAAUAGUCCUCCAGGGCCCGGGGCCAUGGGGCUUCCGUCUCGUGGGGGGCAAGGACUUCGAGCAGCCUCUCGCCAUUUCCCGGGUCACUCCUGGGAGCAAGGCGGCUAUAGCUAAUUUAUGUAGUGGAGAUGUAAUCACAGCCAUCGAUGGGGAAAAUACCAGCAGCAUGACGCACUUGGAAGCUCAGAACAAGAUCAAGAGCUGCAUAGACAACAUGACUCUCACUGUAGCCAGAUCUGAACAUAAAGUCUGGUCUCCUCUAGUGACAGAGGAAGGGAAACGUCAUCCGUACAAGAUGAAUUUAGCCUCUGAGCCACAAGAGGUCCUGCACAUAGGAAGCGCCCACAACCGGAGUGCCAUGCCCUUCACUGCCUCGCCGGCCUCCGGCUCUGCCCCCAGGGUCAUCACAAACCAGUACAACAACCCCUCCGGCCUCUACUCCUCUGAAAACAUCUCCAACUUCAACAGCGCCUUGGAGUCCAAGACGGCAGCCAGUGGACCAGAGACAAACGGCAGAGCCUUAGAGCACUCUCAGUCUCCAAGUGGACUCGUCAUUGACAAAGAAUCUGAAGUUUACAAGAUGCUUCAGGAGAAGCAGGAGUUAAACGAGCCCCCGAAGCAGUCCACUUCAUUCCUGGUUUUGCAGGAAAUCCUGGAAUCUGAGGAGAAAGGGGAUCCCAACAAGCCCUCGGGAUUCAGAAGCGUGAAGGCUCCGGUCACCAAAGUGGCUGCAUCGAUUGGAAAUGCCCAGAAGCUGCCCAUGUGUGACAAGUGUGGCACCGGCAUUGUCGGCGUGUUUGUGAAGCUGCGGGACCAUCACCGCCACCCUGAGUGUUACGUGUGCACCGACUGCGGCACCAACCUGAAACAGAAGGGCCAUUUCUUUGUGGAAGAUCAAAUCUACUGUGAAAAGCAUGCCCGGGAGCGGGUCACCCCACCCGAAGGCUACGACGUGGUCACUGUGUUCCCCAAGUGAACCAGCUGAUGCGCACCAGACACUGUUCUCCAACCGGCCCCUGCUGCAACAUGUCCUCAGUACCCUUGCCCUCUCCUCUCUCGGAGGUUCUUCCUCCGGUUGAUCCCGGCCCCGUCAGUGUCCUGCCCCCGCACUUUGCUAACUGCCGCGCACUGCUGUGAUGCCUGGCUCGGCACGGACCGGAAGCCUGUUUGUCCAGUGUCCCCAGGCCGCCUCCCCACGUCUUCCCUUCACCUCGGUGCACCUCUGCUGCGGGUGGCCAGCAGCCGGAGUUGAACCAAACCAAAUUUUAAUGUCUGCCACUGAUUUUGUUUUUACUCAAUAAAUUUAUA